CCGGAGCCCGUCGUCAUCAUCAUUUUUUGCUCUUGUCCAAUUCUUCCUCCCCGUCGUCCGCACCACCUCCAGCCACAACUCGCUGCAAUCCAUCUGCCAAGCUCUGCGGGGGACGAGACAUCACGUCGCCGUUAGAGAUUCGCCGUCGUCCACGCCCCUACUGCACCUUCACUCUCUCGGGUGCCGUCUCCAACUGCACGGGCUCACCAGCAGCAGCACGCACGCACGCCGUGCGAGCCCCUCACCACCCGCGUCAUCCGGCUUCCGGCUAGGGCGACCACAGCUUCACAGCAAUAUCGCCAGCAAACACAACCCGCGACAACGGCCUUGCCAAUCGCCAUGGAUUCCAGCACUGCUUCUGCCGCGGCACAGGCAGCUGGCCAUGAUCAGCAGUCCGGUCAUGUUGACUUGCCAAAGGGAGACACCGAAGCACCGACUUCGUCUAAGGCCGCUCUCGAUUCAACAGCGCCUGCGGUGCGUUUUGCUUCAAAGGUCCAGGAAAUCGAUGCGCCUGUCCCGGCUGGAACCCCAAGUGUGCAAAUCGACGAACCACUCUCACCUGGGAUCGCCGAAAACUCAGAGGCCACUCCAGAGCAAAUCCAGGCACUUACUCAGUCACUACGAAGCUCCAAACUUCAGGAACAACGACUGAAGAGCUUCUCGUUUGAUCCUGUCUCACUACCAGUCUCAAGAUAUCCUUCUAAUGAAACGUCACCAUCCGCAACCCCACAGAUCAGCAAUAGCCCCAUGGGCCAGCCUUCACCAGGCCUCUCUAGCCGAGGGCACGAACUGGUUUCUCCUCCUUUGACUCCAGCCGGCACACUACCGACCGACUCGCUACAGAAGGCUAGGAAGCUCAGUGGUGAGACAUCUUUCGACUCGCAGGCUAUCACGCCUCAAGCUUCUGGACAAGGAACAGGCACUUCCUCUCCUCGCCCCAGCGCGCAAACUCAGCAAUCCUCGGAAUCUAUUUCUCAGCGCACUACGGCCGCCGACGACAGGGACACUAGCUCUCAUGGCAAGCAUCGCCACGGGAUGUUCAGCAUUGGGCCUGGUGGCCAGUCUGUACCAACGUCACGCGAGUCGAGCCCGACGAGAAAUGCUGCCUCUCAAUACUACUCCCGCCCGUUCACGCCGCAUAAUGACGAGAACGACCCAUAUGCAGCGAGCAAGCGGCCGCCUCAAAGUCGCAACUCGGCACACAUCGAUUCCAGAUUCGUCUUUUCCAGGAAGAAGAAGACCGGAUCCCCGUCCAGCUCGACAAUCAGUCUACCCAGGUCAGAUCGUGGCAGUGAAAAGCGAUUGUCGCAACUCACCCUUGGGUCCAGCGAUGGCUUGGGUCAUGGGCACCAUGGAGGGUCCAUGGCCGACCUCAAGCGGUUUUUCAAGGUCGGCGGACACGCCAAAGCUAAGAAGUCCGCGUCGCCAGCUCCAUCCAAAGCAGGAGGCCUCUCUCCUGCCUCGACGAAGGGGUCCACAUCUGUCCCGUUCGGCGACCACGACCUGACUUCGAAAUACGGCAAGAUCGGUCGCGUCCUUGGUUCCGGUGCUGGCGGUUCUGUCAAGCUGAUGAAGAGGAAUGAAGAUAACACCGUUUUCGCGGUAAAGGAGUUCCGCCCUCGGCAUUCCUACGAGACGGAGAAGGAGUAUGUCAAGAAAUUGACCGCCGAGUUCUGUGUUGGCUCCGCCUUGCACCACGGCAACAUCAUCGAGACAUUGGACAUCAUUUCCGAAAAGGGCAAAUGGUACGAGGUCAUGGAGUACGCUCCAUUUGACCUGUUUGCCAUUGUCAUGACCGGGAAGAUGUCCAAGGCGGAAGUGACCUGCUGCUUCUUACAGAUCCUCAGUGGUGUGACUUAUCUUCACAGCUCUGGCCUCGCCCAUCGCGACCUCAAGCUCGACAACGUCGUCGUCAGCGCAUCUGGAAUCAUGAAGAUUAUCGAUUUUGGCAGCGCACAUGUUUUCCGUUAUCCCUUUGAGAGUGAGCUGGUUCUUGCUUCUGGCAUCGUUGGUUCGGAUCCCUAUCUUGCCCCUGAGGUAUACGACGAGAAGAAAUACGAUCCCCAGGCGGUAGAUAUCUGGUCGCUCGCCAUCAUUUUCUGCUGCAUGUCGCUGCGCCGCUUCCCUUGGAAAGUCCCUCGGCUGUCUGACAACUCUUACAAACUCUUUGCCGCAGAGCCAACUCCUGGCCAUGAUCCCACCAAACUUAUAUUGCCUUCAAAGCCCGCUAUGGAAGGGCCGCAGACGCCGAACGCGUCAGCAAACACGCAGAAGGACUAUUUCGGCGAACCCGACGGCAAGAACGGAAAGACUUCCCACAAAGCCGACUCGAGUGCUCCUAGCACCACCACGACAGUGUCCACGGGUGGGGCUACCGAGGGCGCGAACCCGGAAAAGAAAGAGGUCAUUCGUGGACCAUGGCGCCUGUUGCGACUUCUGCCUAGGGAGAGCAGACACAUCAUCGGCCGCAUGCUCACAGUUGAUCCUAAGAAGAGGGCAAAGAUGGAGGAGAUCCUGGACGAGCCGUGGGUCUCUAAUACAGUCAUUUGCCGCCAAGAAAACGGCCUUGUGAUAUCUGCGGAUGAUCACACACAUGUCCUCGAGCCGCCAGCGCCCGUGGCUAAGUAGGGCCGAGGGCCAGGGGUCAAGAGGCGAAUGCGGUCGACAUUUUUAGGAGGAGGCCUGAAGUUGCACGAUAGAAAGGUGCUCUUAUGAUUACUGGCGUAACGAACAGGGUAGAGGCACGGGUCUAGAAGUAUCUUAUUGUCUAAUUCACACUGAGCCCACCAUUUUGGUGGCUCAAAUGCGUUAAGAAAGCCAUAGUUAGGGUUAGAGGUUUGGCGGCGGCUCUGCUGUCUAUUGUCAUUGGAAAAUUUCUACUUGUAAUUCGUACUUGCAUGUCUUAUGAUUAUCUGACAGUGCCAUUCGGGACUUGCCAUGGGAACACAGUAAUCCGGGAUGCCUAGGAAGAAAUACAGAAUUCGAAGAGCGCCGAAGUAACUAGAAGGCCGCGAGCAGCUCUCGAC